AUGGAUAUGAAGCGGAUAUACUGCAGGCUGAGUUCGCAGACGAACCAUGGAGCCAAUGGCACUGAAAUACCAGAUAAUGCAAGUGAUACCUUGAAUAUUUUGAGUUAUUACAAUAGUUGCAUUCCUGAGAUGUGCAAUCCAUGUUUUCUUGGACUAGUAGGCAAAAACAUCCGAGAUUAUGGCACAGCAAAAAUAAGUUGUAUUGAGAACAGCCAUCCAAUGUCUGGAUUGCAAUGGAUGAAUCUGGCGAUCUUGGUGUAUGACUACCAAACUCGUACAAUCUCAGUCCAAAACUAUAGCUCAAUCCUGCCUGAAACAAUGCUUGAGAAUGUUGAUCUGUGCUGCAAUUGCAUAGUUAUGAGUACUUUCAAACAGGAUGCGCAUAAUCAGCAGAUACUAGCAGACCUGCUCCGUCAAGAAGUCAAUAAGCGAUGUUUCGACUGUUUAGCCAAGUUUCCUACGUGUGUCAAUGUAACAGCGUUUACCUUUGUAUGCAUGUCUUGCGCUGGUCUUCUCCGUGAAAUCAAACAUCGUAUCAAAUCAAUAUCUGCCUCUAUAUUCACACUAGAAGAAAUGGACGCAAUUCAAGGUGGAAAUAGUGCUGCACAAAAGGUUUGGCUUGGAAAAUGGUGCGAUAUAACCAACAUGGCGCCGGAUGGUCAAAGCCCAGAAAGUAUGCGCGUGUUUAUGGAUAUAAAGUAUAUUCAAAAACGAUAUUACAUUUCUCCGUGUGAUACUCCUUCAAAGUUUUCAGCAUUGUGCUGUAUGGAUCAAAAAAUCACUGCCAGGAUGUUAUCAUCUCUUGAAACACAAUCGCAGUUAGAACCUUUGCCGCCAGUAUCAAAUUUGCAAACCGAAUCCAGCAACAAAUUUGAUUUACUUACUUCUUCAUCAGCUGGACAGCACUUAUUUGAUCAAGCAGUGCCAUCUAAACUUGCUAUUCAGUCGGGAGUAAAACAAGCCUCUUCACUUGUAAAUGAUGAUUUUGGGGAUUUUCAGUCGUCGUCUACGUCCAGUGCACCAGAGGCUCUUCAGCCGUCUUUUGCUACUUUUCCACCAUCUUCUUCAGCCUCAGCACAGUCUACAGCUCAAAACUAUUAUUCCCCAUUGCGAGAUUUAGCCAACGCGACUGCUAGUUCACAUGCUACAGAGUGGAGUGAUUUUAUUACAGAUUACCAGUCCGUUGCCAAGCCAUCUGAUGCAGUCUUUUCAGCCGUUACCCAACACCAGAGUGCAUUCAUCCUACCAGCCUCUACAGCACAAGCGCCUUUGGCCACAGAAAUGUUUACAAGAUUUUCGCAGCAUAAUGGAACACAACUUUCAGAGCUUUCUACACUUUCGCUUCAACCCACUCAUCAUUUUGAUACAGUCAAAUCGGCAUCAGGAACGCAUUGGGUAUCACUCACUCCAACUGGAACUCAGCAUAUAGCGACCAACUUUUCCAAUGCAAAUGCCUUGACUAGCGCAUUUGGCAAACAUCACUCACUUGUUUCUCCAGUUUUGUCCAACUCAGAUUCAUUAGCACACACACCUCCAGUUACACCAGACGAACAGACGAUUGGCACCAAAGAUGCAUUCAGCGAUCUACUGGGUUCCUUGAUGUCCACCAUGCCUGUGACUCCAAAACAGUCGACUGCUUCUAUUCGCAAUACCUCUGCUAGUUUGAUCUAG